AUGUUCCAGUGUGAUCACCUGGGAGGCGGACUUGGUCUCGGCACUAAUGAUUACUUGAACAACAGCAGCCAAUUUAAUACUGUCCAGCUCAGCGACAGCCAGCUCUACAACAGUCAAUUCAAUAACAGCCGGUCCAACAACAAUCUGUUCAAUAAUAACCUUAACAACAACUAUUUGAAUAACAACUUUCUGAACAACAACCAGUUUAGCUUUCUCAACACGAACAACAGGCAAUUCAAUGCCCAGUCCAACCCUCAGAUGAAUGGCUUCAAUCCUUCCGUUAAUACUAGCCAGUGUAACAACUUCAACCGAUUCAACCAGCCUGGCCAAUUUAUUGACCACUUCAACUACAUCGACAAUGGCGUCAAUCAGAUGAACCUUGGUGGACAAGCUGGUUCUUAUGGUCCAUGGAGUCCAGCUAAUAACGCAUUCAAUUAUAUCAAUAAUCAUCAAUAUGCACCACAGCCAUUAAUACCUUACUAUCAUCCAAGACACAACACUGUGCAAGCAACACAACCUCACUAUCAUCAGGGGUUUAACACAGUACAAGCACCACAGCCUCUACAAUAUGCAGGUAUCGGCCCAAACUCGUUCAACCAUGUUGCAUAUGGCGGUGUCCCAAUGCGUAACACACGGAAUCUUCCAGUCUUCCAGCAAUCGCCCAACAUGGGCGCACUCGCAAUACCAAUGGACAACAUGCAGGCUCAGUACAAUUGGAAUCUGAUCAACCGCCAACCACCAAACAGCACUGAGUCAUCGCCUCAAAUUCCUAUUGAUCUUACAGACGAUUCCGGAACAACACCUGGUACACCUAUCGACCUUACCGACACACCAGAGUCAACACCUCCUACUUCCACCGACCUUACAGAGGAAGAAGGUACCUCUACUACACUACCACCAAAGAAAUCUUGUCGUCGAAAGACGAAACCAGAGUGGUAUCCCACGACUGAGUUGGAAAGGACGCAUUUCAGGCCCGAUUGGGCCAACAACAUGACUGAACAGGAUGUAGCCAAGGACAAAGACUGGCAUGAUCGACAGUAUCGCGAGAACCUUGGUAAGCAGAUACGGGCUAUCAACGCGGUUCACAAAGCAAAGGGGGAGGGAUCGAAUCGUCAAGCGACCGAGGCGGCCAAGAAGCCAAGGAAAGCAAAGAGGAAUGAGUUGAAGCGAAGUAAAACACAGCAGGCGGUCACGGAGCCAACUGAGAUGACCGGGGUUACUACAGAGGAGGAUAUCGGGUACGAUGCGGGCAACGAGGAGGAUCUCGAUCAACUCGGGGACAUGCUUGUCGAAGCGCUUGAAAAGGAUCAAGAGGUCACUGUGGAGGAUAAUCCCAUGUGCGAUGCAGCCAACGAGGAGCAGCUAAACGAACUCGCGGACAUGCUCGUUGAUGCGCUUGACAGGGACGAAGGGGUCACUACGGAGGCAAGAGGUCAGUCGGAGGAUAUGCUCGUUGAUGAGCCUAGGGUGACAAAUGAGGUUGCUAUGGAGGAGGCACCCAAGCACAACACAGCUACAGCGGAGGAAGAUGCAGGAAAUAGCGACAUCAUCGUUGAUGAGCCUGAUACAAUGGAAGGGGUUGCUUUAGAGAGGAAGUCGCAAGCGGAGCUGGAUCAGGAGCUUGAGGACGAGUUCAUGGCUCAGUGUUAUGAAAUGGAAGAUAUUGCUGUGGAGGAAACAGUAAAUUCGGAGGCCAUGGUUGUCGAUGGGCCUAAAGGAACGGAAGAGGUUGCUACCGCAGAGACAGGUACAGUGGAGGAGGACGCAGAUGUGGACGCUCUGUUCGAGGAUUAG